AUGGUGUUCUUACACAAGUUGCGGUCUUUUGCAACACUUCUUCCCCCUACACUCGAUGAAGACAUUACAGCUACCGCUCCGUCAAGACCAAUAUGUGCCAAUCCCCCUAUCUAUGAAGAGCGACCUGUGUCUAUAAAAGAAUACGAGGAGAAGGCCUUCGAUGAUAAGAAGAACUGGAUUUUCCGUAGCGCAGAGAAUCGGGACUCCCAGUAUAACAAAGUCCCCCGGGCUUCAUAUUUCAAAGAAUCCCCAUUCUUUACGAAACUCCCUCCGGAGCUUCGCGAGAAAAUAUAUAGACUAAUAUUCAGUUCCGAGGAGCCAGUUCGGUUUCAGCAUAUCAAAGGAACCGAAACGAUCAUGGGGAAUGAAGACCACGUUAAACACAAGUCCUUAAAGAAAGGUCACAGCUUUGAAGUCGUUGUCUGGGCUGGAUGCGAGCACACCACGCAGCCAUUUGCCUGGUACUUCCGAUUGUCUUCCCCUCGUGGCUACUAUCUCAAUAGCACAGCAAUUCUUGCCGUAUGUAAGGGAACAUACUACGAGGCUCUUCCGGUACUAUACAGUACCAAUCAGUUUUAUUUCCAUGACACCUACGAUCUAGGCGUCGUGCUCCACAAAAUAGGUCCUGGCCGGGCUUUUAUCCGCGAUGUACAUGUCCACAGAUUCAACGCUACGGAUUCAAUGCUCUUCGACUACCUUGUGCCAUGUACAGAUAUUCGAACGCUCCGGCUAAGCCCAUGGGUAUAUGGAAUAAUACAGAAAACAAUCUACUUAGGCCCUACUGCCGAGCGACUUGGAUUCGACGCGGAAGCUUACUUCAGUAAGUUUAUUGUUCAAAAAGGGCACAACUUCUUCGCCAUGAUUGAGGGACGCUCCUUACACAACAACCCGCUGGAAGUUUUGUCUUUUUCGGAAGGCGUGUGCAAGUUUGGCCAUCCUUCGUUACUCCCUGGUGGCCGCCCUUGGGAUGAGAAUCGUAUCGCCAGGUUCAACACAAAUUUGCGCUAUGAUUUGUCAAGAAGGGCCGAACUGCAACGCGAGAGGCGGAAUUGUCUUGCAUACUUUAUCAUGAUUGUUACUCGCGCCAGUAGUCCGGAUGAGUCUACCGCCAAGAGAGCUACGAAGCGCAUACCGAAUCCCAACGUAGGUCUGCAAGCUGAUGCGCCAUCAAGCUCGCUGAGCGGGUCGGAGGUGCCGGAACUUGAGGGCGAGGAUGUCGAAAUGGGGGGCACUCCUUCUCCGCUGAAGAAGCGGGCUCGCAAGAGAGGCCCUGUAAUGAACAACAAGGCGAUUCGCGCUCGCGAGAAGGCGAUGGUGGAAAAAAUCGACCAAGUUCAGAGCAAGAUCAAGAACCCGCUCGACAAAGAGGAUGGUGUUGUUGUUGACUGUUUCUAUCAUGUCAACAACUUGGCAGCCCAGGUAGGUGGUUCCGCUACAAAGAUGGACAAGAACGCCGACUACACCCAUCUAAUUAAGCUGCAAUCCACCAACCCAUUCGUUCUCGUCAAGCAGGUCAUAGUCGAUGAAGGCCCAUAUGCCGGUCACGUCGCCAUCAUCCUUAAACAAUCCGUCCCCUUCCCACUCAUGAAGCUCCCAGUCUCAAUCCGUGCCAAGAUCUUCCACCACCUACUCGUGCACCCUGAAGGCGCCAUCACCAUGGCACUCAAGCAAGGCGGGACGAAAACCGCCUACGCACCAACCUACAACUCCAAAAACCGACUCACGAUCCUGCAAGGCUGCCGUCAAAUCCACGAAGAAGCCGCACCCAUUCUCUAUGGGCAACUCUUCCACUUCCCUGGCACCCAGGUCAUUUCCUCGUUCCUCCUGCAAUGCGGUUCAAACCGCAAGCACCUCAAGAACAUCCGGUCCGAUACCUACAAUUCGCAAUCCGCGCGUACCAUGUUCCAUCUUCUGCAGGAAGCCAAGGAUUUUGAGAAGUUGUCGUUUGCCCAUGUGAGCAGCAAUGAGCAGCCUAAGACAGCGAUCAAAAAUAUCUACAACGAUGCCCAUGGCUGGCUCUUGAACCUCGAUCCUAAGAAACCGACGAAGGGAUUGGAUGUCAUGAGUUUCGAUCAUUCGGCGUUCCAUUGGCGCGAGAAGGACAACGAAGGGAAUACGAUUGUCAAGCAGUGGGGUCCGGCUGAGCAGGUUGAGUUCCUGAAGGGGUUGAGAAUUAAGCUAAAUCAGGCUGGCCGGAAGACUGUGGCUUGA